AUGUUCAAGCGAUCGUUCAACACCAAGGAUGGUCGCAUCGUCAAGUCAAAGACCAUCAAGACCACAUAUCCCGAACAUGUGAAGAGAAAGAUGCAGGACACCGUGGACGGCGGCUCGCCAGUGGCCAGUACACUGACGAGUCCCAUCGUCACUUUGGUGGUGGGUCGUGAGCAGCGUCUUUUCGCUGCGCAUGAAGACGUCCUCUGUCAUUCACCUUACUUUGCGGCUGCCUUGAAAGGAAACUUCCUGGAUGGUGGCUCGAAGAGGGUGGAACUGCCCGACGAAGAACCCGAAAUUCUUUCCUGCGUCCUCGAGUUUCUAUACAAGGGUGACUAUUAUCCACGCUUGCUGCACAACAAGCGCCGAAACACUUGGGAUCUCGAAGAUGCGCAAGCCCUAAAAAAUGGUGGUCGCGGAAAUAGCGCCUCGACAAUCUACCUUUCCGACGCCGGUGGCGAUGUUCUGAGGGACACCGUGGUGUACUGCGCUGCCGAGAAGUACGGCAUGGAAGAGCUGAAGCGUUUGUCUCUCCGGAAACAGGGGCUUCAGUCCGGAAUCCAAGUCGACGUGAUCUUGCGGUCAGCUCGGUAUGCGUAUGAACACACACCGGACACCGAGUCGCGACUCCGCGCUCAUUACCUAGCUCUGAUCAUUCGAAGUCGCAAGACUUUUAAGAGGAGUGGAACCAUGCAGAUGGAAAUGGAGAACGGGGGCAAAUUGUUUUUCGACCUGUUUGUGGCGAUGUGUAAUCAUAUCGAUGACAUUGUGGAGAUCAGGUAA